AGGGUAACGAACACCUGCCUUGAAUCGCGGUGUGGUCGCCAUGGGUACGUCACACCGCCGUGAGGUCACCGCGGCAACCGCCAAGUGACAUCCCUUCGCGGUCCUGACGUCACCAUGGCCACGGGGGCAACGUGAGCGCCAGAGACCAGGAAUUCCGUGGACAAGCCGGAGCGAGGCCCAGCUAUCAUGAGUCAGGGCAGGGCGUAUCCCACGUGGGCCAGGGGGGCCUCAACUCGGAUUUUGACCCGUCUCCGAAGUAGUUUACACUCCUAGGCACAGAUACGCCACCACGAUCUGAAGAUGGCUUUCCUCAUACAGCUUGCAACUUGCACCCGACCCAGACCUCAGAACCUGGAGAGGCUACAGCCUUCCUCGAAGACACCCAAGAUCCCAAAGAUCUACACCAAAACAGGAGACAAAGGGUUUUCUAGCACCUUCACUGGAGAAAGGAGACCCAAAGAUGACCAAGUGUUUGAAGCCGUGGGAACUACAGACGAAUUAAGUUCAGCCAUUGGGUUUGCUAUGGAAGUAAUCGAGGAAAAGGGCCACACCUUUGCUGAGGAGCUUCAGAAAAUCCAGUGCAUGUUGCAGGACGUCGGCUCCGCCCUGGCGACUCCACGCUCCUCGGCCAGGGACGCUCACUUGAAGCACACUGCAUUUGCGGCGGGGCCCAUCCUGGAGCUCGAGCAGUGGAUCGACAGAUACACCAGCCAGCUGCCCCCGCUCACGGCUUUCAUCCUGCCCUCGGGAGGCAAGAGCAGCUCUGCGUUGCAUUUCUGUCGGGCCGUGUGCCGCCGCGCUGAGAGACGCGUGGUGCCCCUCGUCCAGAUGGGAGAGACUGAUGCCAACGUGGCCAAGUUCUUAAACAGACUCAGCGACUACCUCUUCACGUUGGCCAGAUACGCAGCCAUGAAGGAGGGGAAGCGAGAAAAAAUCUACAAGAAAAGCGACCCAUCGGACUGAGCCUGAGGCCUCUCGAGAUAACAGAAAGGGGGAGUUUUGUAGACCCCGCCACAGCGAUGGCGGGGAAGGGAAGAGCUUGCCCUUCCCGUGUCCUGGUUCCCGAAGAUCCCCCCAGAGGGACAGGAAGCAGGCCUCUGUCCCGGCUGGGCUUUGUGGCACACCCCCUGCCAUUUCCCUCCAGGGCCCGUGGCCCUCUGAGGAUGCUGCCUGGCCCCCAGGCGCCCCCCGAUCUUGGAGGGAAGUGGGAGCGAACUCAGUGUCGCCAGUAAGGACAGUAAAGUGGCACAGCGAGAAGGAGCCCUGUGGAAAAGUGAAUAAAAGUGGGAAGGCUUGA